CCGCCGCACCUCCAUCUAUCGAGUAAAAUCAUCAACUUUCGGUCUUGCCAUUAUUCGCGCUCAAUCCCUCUGAUUAUCCGCCGGUUUCAAGUUAUUACUGCCCCAAAAUGGGCGUGUGGGGAUCGUUACGAGAAUUCUUGAAGGAAUACUUCUGGUUGCGGGUCCUAAUCGGCGUGAGCCUGGUCAUCUUGACCUUGAUGGUGUGGCACUGGAAGCGGCGAAAAGACCGAUUGGCCUAUUUAAGAGAGCAAUGGCGUUUGGCGGGUCAAAACGUGGUGGUUUUGCAUCAAUUUCCACGCGCUCGAUUUUGCCCCAAUCCGUCGCCCUUUUCCAUCAAAUUAGAGACCUUUUUGCGUAUGACGGGCAUUAAGUAUGUCAACGAUUUCGAGGAGUACUUAAGCCACAAGCAGAAGUGCCCUUGGAUCACGGUCAACGGGAAAGAUGUGGCCGAUUCGCAACUAGCCAUUCUCCACUUAAAUGACAUUUUGGACCGAAGUCCCUCCAAAGGGUUUAGUGGGCGUGACCAAGGGGCGGGUAAUGCGUUCCGUAUCAUGUUGGAAGAUCAUUUCUAUUGGGGGUUUGUGUUGGAUCGCUGGAUUUAUCAGCGGGGAUAUCAUGCCGUGGACAAUUUUGAGCCCUUGCCCUUGCCCGUGAAUGUGACUCGGCUGAUGUUUAGAUGGGCGGGGCGGCGACUUUUGGGCCAAGCUGAAGCUCAUGGCAUGGGACGGCACACCCAAGAUGAGGUGGAACGAUUGUGCUUGGGGGAUUUGAAAGCCAUUUCGGAAUAUUUGGGAGACAAACCCUUCUUGUUGGGCGACACGCCCACCGAGGUGGAUUGCACGUUGUUUGGCUUUAUGGUCAUGAUCUUUCAUUGCUCGCAAGAUGAUUUAGUGUAUAGGACAGAGACCAAAGACAAGUGGAACAACCUAUUUCUCCACAUGGAACGCAUGAAAGAAAAGUACUGGCCAGAUUGGGACGAGGUUCAGAACAAAAAGUGAUCUAUCCAUGGGAUACUUGAAAGUCUCGUAAAUAAACGCAUGUGCUCAAACAAUA